AAAUUUUUCAAUUCAUUUCAGUUUUGACCGUUCCCGAGUGCAUCCGUGCGAUAUAUCCGCGCGUCCUCCGUUAUAGUUGAGUCUAGAGAGAGAGAGAUUGGAAUAGGCGAUUUGGUAGGUGCGGCAGCCGUUUCAGACGGCAAUCGAAGCAGGCACGGCUCAGGGAAAGGGGAAUCAAUAUGUGAGACGAACAAGAACAAGCAGAGGAAGAAAAAACUGCUGCCGUUCAGUAGGCGGAGGCGGAGAAGAAGAUUUAAUGAGUUUCCGUUAAUGUUAUUAGAAAUGUUAAGUGUUACGCAUCGUUACAGUUAAGUUUGUUUCAUGUGCGAUUCUUGCGGACUUUUGGUUGACGGGAGGAGAAGCAGGAAGUCAGUUCGGAAGUUAGUUUUUUGAAAAAGUGUUGAGUAAUCGAAACUUUGCAGGGGGUGUUGACGACGUAGUUGCCUCUUGUAUCAAGAUUGGGAGCAAGAGAGUGUGGUUUAUGAAUUGUACACUUGUGACACAGUGCAUCGUGUGAGAAGAAAAGAGCGUUGAGUGAGCCUACAGAAAAUUUUUAAGAAGGAAGCACGCAAAUCAGGAGCAGCACAUAGCGUGUCCGGUGAAAAUCAGAGGAGAAACAAACCAGACUGGCAAGCGCUGGGAACAGGAAGAGAGGUGCCUUCGGCUCGGCCAUAUUUAGAUAAUUGAAAAGCGGAGCAGCAGCGCGACGAGCAGCCGAGAAAAAAAAGCGAAUCGGAAAGAAGUACGCUCUGUCAAAGACCUAUUUUCCGUGUGUCAGAGUACGUGUUGUUUUCUUGUUCCAUCGGUGGUGGCUAACAACAACGACAUCGGCGACGCCAUUUAGGGAAUUACUAAGCAGGCCGAGUUUCUGUGUGUUUUCACAGUGUCCGUAAUACAUCGCCUACUUCGGUUUGUGUGCAGUGCGAUACAGUUUCUCGUUUCUACAAUUGAUAGAAAUUGACAGUUGUGUGUUUUCGUUGUCACAUUGUUGUCUGUUGUACUCUUCUUUGCGUACGUUUGUGACUCUAUUUCUUUGUGUAUAAAUGUUUGGUUAUUCAGUGUGACGCAGUUGGGAAAGUUUGGACAAACUCCGGACAGGAUUACGACGAUCACGACCGAGAAAAUUUUCCAGUGGAUCCCAGCAUGAAAACGAAUGUCUCCAGAGCGGCAUCCUUGUCAAGACGAUGUUGAUAGUGGUGGCGGUGGAGGAGGAAGCGCAAUUAUCGGUGGUCACGUUACGAUAGAAACUUCGUCACCCGUUCCCAGUCCGGGACCAGAUUUGAAAGACACGUCGUCGUCGUCAUUUGCGGCGUCCUACGGCUCCAGCAUGGUGCUCUCGUCGAUUCCCCUGGAAGCUAACCAUCAGCUCAUUCUGCAGCAGCACCUGGCCCAACAGCAGCAGCAGCAGCAGCAUCACAUAAUUGCCACAUCUGGCAACACCAAUCAGAACAGUAACAGCAACAGUAGUGCAAUCAACAGUGCCAGCAAUGGCAGCAUAGGCAGUAAUCAUAGCAUAAUAAUCAACAACAACACUAGCUUUAAGAACCACAACAGCAACAAUAUCAUAAUUAGCGGUAGUGGCAUCGGCGGCGGCGGAAACAGUAACAAUCAUACCUACACAAUAAAUUUGACCAGCAGUGCCGCCGUUAGCGGCAGUGUUGCCAGUCACAACGGUCACACGAUGAUUCCGCGUUACGGCAGCCCUGUGAGCGGUGGUACCACCACAGUAGGCCACCACCAUGGUCACCAUCAGCAGCAGCAAUUUUACUCUGCGCCAAACAACGUCAGUUCGGGCGUCGGUAGCCUAGCAACGGCCCAUAGCAACGGUACCGCGACAGUGUCAUCGACGGCGACGGUCGUGGCGCCACCUGCCAGCUCCUCGUCGACCUCGUCCUCGUCCAAAUUAGUGGUACUGCAGCAAGGACAUCUCGGCGAGAAUUAUAUAACCACAACGGACAGCAUGAACGGCGUCGGCAACAUUGUCCUGCUCGCCACGGAACAGGUGGAGAUGAGCAGUGCGGAGCACGACUUCAUCAACAACAACAACGUGGUCAUCACGACGAGCAGUGGCAGCACCGGUUCCAGUCAUUUCAGCAAUCAUCAUCCCGCCCACCACCAUCACCAUUCGCAGCCACAGCAGCAGCAGCAGCACCAUAUCCGCAACGGAACGGUACUGACGGCGGUGAACGGAUCGGGCGGGACCAGCCAUCAGGUCGUAAUCAACACCGACGAGGAACUGACUCCGCUGACUUGGCUGCACGAUAAGAACCUGUUGAAAGGCAUAAAUCUGUCCAAGGUCCCAGUGUCUUCGCCGGACAGUCCCCGGCAAGCCGGCGGUCAUCUGUCACCCACCAGUGACUUUGUGGAGGAUUCGAGCGUCUCGGAGGACAAUACGUCCUCCGCCAAUUCCUCCUCGGAUCAGAGUAUUGGUGUGUUCUGUACGGAAACAAUCCCGUUGAGCGCACGUCAUUUGACUGUUAGUGGAGGCCCCGGAUCUACUCAUCACAGAUUCCAGCUCACCAACGGUGCCGGUGGUCAGCAGACCAUCACUACCAUCAACGGAAACACCAUCAUCGAGUACCCGGUGAUUUCCUCCGACGACAAGGAUCUCAAGUCGCCGUCGUCUACCGCUUCCUGUGCUUCGUCUGCGUCGUCCACUUCUUCGUUGUACAACUCGGCAACGUCACCGAAUCCGACGUCUGGGUCGGGCCAGAAUGGAUCCGCCAGUGGUGCCAGCACACCCCAUCAACACUUCCACAAAAAGUACCUGCGAGAGGAGCACGUGAAGCAGCUGAAACAGGUCAGCAGUUCGUACGUGACCCCAGUUAAGCAACUGUCCAGUGCCGUCAAGUACGAGGAGGGUGAAAUCAUCGAAGAGCGUCCCUAUCCACCGGCAGCGCCGAUGAAGAACGGUUACCCGUCGCCGAACGUGAGCAGCGACGAAUACGGCAGUACCUACGGUAGCGGAGGCGGAAGCAUGAGACCGCCUUCGCCGCCUCUAUCGCCUCAGCACCACUUGGUGCAGGGCCAGUCGAUGAACGGUGGAAUCCACGUGCUUCCUCAGCACCCGCCUUCGUCGCCGCAGCCACAGCAAUCGCAGUCCAAGCUGUCGCCGCCGAAAGCCAAACAUCCGACCAACGUGCCAUAUGACCCACUAGUUCACAUCAGCAGCAAACCGCCGUUCAGUUUCAGCUCGCUGAUCUUCAUGGCGAUCGAGAAUGCUCAACAGAAGGCCUUACCGGUGAAGGAGAUCUACGCGUGGAUUGUGCAGCACUUUCCGUACUUCAAGACGGCUCCGACCGGGUGGAAGAACAGCGUUCGACAUAACCUGUCGCUGAACAAGUGCUUUCAGAAGGUUGAGAAGGCAGCGAAUCUCGGCAAAGGUUCGCUGUGGAUGGUCGAACCGCAGUACCGGCCCAACCUGAUUCAGGCACUUUCGCGAUCGCCUUUCCAUUCCGGGUCCGGAAUCGACAAGACCACCUACAAAGCCAUGCAGCAACAGGCUCAGCAGCAAGCGCAACACCAGCAACGCUCAACUGACAGCCCGACCAGCAGUGUAGGCAGCAGCUAUUCCAAGGACAACUUCCCGUACCUCGCUAGUCGUUUGGCACCGAUUGACGCACAAAACGGUGUUCACCUGCCGCACCACCUGAACGGACAGCAGCAGCACCCCUCGGAUCUGGACGGGGACGACUUCAGCCGGUCGUCCACUCCGAUCGACUACGAUGGCGAUCUUCCACAUUCGCAUCAGCACCUGCAUCACCACCACCAGACUGCACCGGGUGGGUUGCCGUACCACGUGGCAUACCACCAUCCUCCGCCGACGUCCGGGGCACCUACGGCCACCUCCGGCGGUACCAACGGACUGUCGAACGGGUACCUUCCCGGAGGAAGUGUAAUUCUGCCGAACGGACAGAGCGUACCGUCUGGGGAGAUAAUCGGCCGCGAUUGGAGUGCGGAUACGAUCGACGACGUCAAUGCGGCCACCGCCAUGUUGGCAUUGAAGCACGGACCAAAAAUUUUCACCGAGGGAUUCCAGAAUGGAACUCCUCCGGUCAUUACCACCUCUCCCAGCGAGGAUCACACGUAUUCCGCCGGCGGUAGCAUCCCACCCUCCGGUUUGAGCGAGCGCUCCAGUCAGAACAACAGCGACAACAACAGCAACGGAACGUCGUCCGAUGCCGCCUACGAAAGUAGCGAGGAAAGCCAUAACCUGGUGAUAGAGGAUCAGGAGGAGCAGCGACGCCUGGCGGGAGUGGACGCCCUGUUGAACCUCGCCGGCAUUACCAACUACGCCCCGAUGUCAGGAAGCUCUGGCAGCACUGGCCUGAAGCGACAUGCCGAGCCCUCAAGCUACGACGAACCGUCGGCGCCGAUGUAUGGCCAACGCUCCCCUUACCAUCAACCGCCGUCGCAUCAUCAGCUCCAGCAGCAGCUGGAAACCACUCCGCCAUCGGGAUAUGGCCAGCAACAGCCGCCAUCUUCGAUCCGCAGCUACUACACGCCGGACGAUCUGAGCCUGCAGUACUCUCCAUCGCCGUCGCCGUCGAAAAAGAGCAAAACCCUAUCCUCCUCGUCGUCCUCGAAUGCGGCAGCGGCGGCCUCCGCCUCAGCUUCCGUGCGGAUGCUCAAAAAGUUCAAGAAGAAGGCCUCCUGGGCACGGUAAUAUCGUGCCGAAACGGAUUGUCCCGGACAGCGUCAAGGGGAAGCUGUCAAAGCCCUAGUUUAAUUCCUUCGCGGAUGGUACACCUCGGAUCGUUUGCGUGGAUACCGUUUCUUCGUAUGUUAAGUGCUAAAAUCAAAGCUCUAGUUAAUUAUGCUUUAUAUUUAUAGUCAAUUUUUUUUCCGUGUAAGUGUUUUUUUAAGCCAGACAGACUGUGUAAGGAUGCGAAAAUGUUUUUCUUACGAAUGUUCGAGUUAAAAGUGCUAAGUUAAUAGUUUUUGUUGUGAAAAAAAUAUUGCAGCAUUUUGUAGAGGAACGUAUCAAUCCUAUUUGUUUUGGAUGUCAUAUUUGACAGUUAACAUAGAUGAACCACUAAACGCGAUAACUCAAUUGAUGAAACAUCAAACAUUUACAGUCAAAAAAUGAAUCAGAAUUUGACAUAGAGACCAAACGUCAAAUCAAUCUGUCAACCUGUCGUAAAAGUGUCAAUUUGUUUCAAAAGAGAAACGGCUGCGUAGAUUUAUGUUAGGCGACGUCUUUCGCAAACGUACGCUCAAAAACCCCAAUUGCAUUUGAAUGUUUAUUUUUUUCUGUUGAAAAAGUUAUUAUUUAUUUAGAUGGGUCGGAAGAAGCAGCAGUACUAAAAACAAAGAAAAAUUUAUAAAUUUAGAGGACAUACACUAGAAAGAGAGCGACAGUUCAGGGAGCGGAGGGAUCACAGCCCCGGCCCGGCUGUCAGUUGAUAGUUAUUAGGGAGACAUUUAUCGGUCGGAACAGAAGGAGGAAUGAACUUAGUCACUCGCGCCUUUAAUUUUUACCUAGAGUUUAGGGAGAUAAUUUUUCUAUAAACUAUUAACAAUAACUACUGGCAAGUGCGAUAAGCUGUGCGCAAGAGGGUGAAAGCGGAUAAAGUUAUCGAUAAGAAUCAUUACAAUCACAAACAUACAUACAAAGAUACAUAUAACAUGCAAACACAAAUAGCAAUGUAAACAAAUCCAGAAGCAAAAAGCUACAUCUGUCACUGUCACGACGCGUGACAGACAGACAAUUACCGGGAAGCGCUUCAAACACCAAUCAAAGUUGGCCACGGCUUGAUUUUGAGCCUCUGGAAGCAGUGCAUAGCAGCUUUCUUGUUUCUGUUUUCCUAUUUCGCCACUUGUCAAGCUUUGUUUUUGUUUUGCUUUUAGAAACGGUGCCAAUGCAGUUGAGAAGUGUGUUAUAAGUCGGAAAUUUAGGGAGAUCUGUUUCUAUUUUCCUGUAACAAAACAGUCGAGAGUUCUCGUUAAGCAUAUUAGAGGGUAAGUUUCAUUGCAGUUGUAGCGCUAAGUUCUGAUAUGAUUGAUGAUUUCAAAUUGUGGUUAAGUUUGUACGAGGUAAACACGUUGUUGAAACAGUACUAAGGUGACGAUUACGCCGCCGCUUCAAGGCGGGGCCCUUAUUGGAAGGUUAUAAAUAUGAAAAUGUAUCAUUUAUUGAGUUGACGUUUUGAGUUGUUUUAUUUUCCGCAGUUUCAGAAAGCCUUUUCUUAUGUUUUUCGUUGUUGAAGUUUUUUCGAUUUUUAUCUCACGCGCUGAACAAUCACAGUCACCGUUGUCCUAGCAGACGAACGAAUCAGUACUGAUAAGCAGUUGAACUCAUCUAGAUAAGUAGCACAUUCUUCGAUUCAUCAUCGCCUCUGAACGACUUGUUGCCUACCUUUAGGGGAAUAUUUUAUCGAAGCAGAUUUUGAUGUUGAUAUCAUUAGGGCUAGUGUAGGAACGGUAUCGUUCUCAAUGACACGGACAUGUUUUGCUUGAUCAGAUCACUGCAAAGACCAGCAUCGACGAUGCUUUCGAACACAAGUAAGAUGUGCCAAACCGAACUCAAUAAUCACUUACACAUAUACGUUACCACUAGGGACGAGCCUUCAUUUCUAGCGCCUCUUUGUUAAAUGGAACACGCUACCUGUUCCGGACGUUUUGUGUUAUCUAUACUAAUCUACGCCGUUUCAUCUAUAUUGAAUCUAUUGUUAUAUAGUCUUCCAGAUGUAUAUUUACAACGUACCCGUAAGCGGUACGCACACCAUGCGUAGAAUAAUUAGUGGAACUCAUCCGUUAGGGGUCACUCUCUAGAAUAGAACAAAAAACUAUGAAAGCCUGUUGAAAAAUGCUACCUAAUA